ACGCCAUCGUGCCGGCAACCCACACAAAAGAAAGUCAAGCCCGCUUAAUUGCGGACUAUAAAGAUUGAAUGAGAUAUGUGAUUUAUUUGUGUCGGUGUUUCAUCAACAAUAUUUACGUCUGCUGCUUACUCGGUUUCAGACGUAGAGUAAUUACUUUUGGUUUUCGAGUGCGGAUUGCUUUGUGAGAAUUAUUGUCAUGAUGGGGGAGAUAGAGAGCGAGAAAGAUCAGGCGGGGGUCGUCUCCCGGAGUCCUGAUGAUGCCUCGGUUUCACGGGAGUCGAUUGGCCCUGCCAUCAAUGAGAGAUCUCUGCUGCGAAAGAUAGAUGGCCAUUUACUGCCUCCGGUUGCUAUACUAUACCUUCUCAGUUUCCUAGACCGCAGCAACGUGGGAAAUGCUAGAAUUGAAGGUCUCCUUGACGAUUUGAAAAUGAGCGGGGAUCACUAUCUUAUAGGACUCAGUCUCUAUUUUGUCGGAUAUACUUUAUUUGAGGUUCCAUGCAACGUCGUCUUGAAGCGGACGAGUCCUAGAGUUUGGCUGCCAACUCUGACUAUUGCAUGGGGCGUAGUCUCUACGCUGAUGGGCAUAGUGCAUAACGAGGCGGGCUUUCUAGCAGCUAGAUUCUUCCUCGGCGUAGCAGAGUCAGGCUUGUUCCCCGGUGUGACGUACUACUUCUCUAUGUGGUACAAGAGAAAAGAGCGGCAGUACCGUGUAGCUCUUUUCUUCAGCGCGGCGUCACUGGCCGGUGCUUUUGGCGGCGCCCUUGCCUAUGGAAUUGGAAGACUGAAGGGUACGGUGUGGGAGAAUGGAUGGCAUUGGAUCUUCAUACUUGAGGGUAUAGCGACGGUGGUCGUCGCCGCGAUAGGAUAUAUCUUUAUACACAACUAUCCACAUACAAGUAAAUUCCUCACGGACGACGAACGGAAAUUCGUGCACCAGCGGCUCGCUUCGGACUGCGACGCAACGCACCAGGAAGCUUUCAGCUGGGACGGUGUAAAAGAGGCUCUUAAGGAUCCCAAGUGCUGGCUUUAUGGACUGGGAUUUCACACGAUGAGUCUCCCGCUAUACACGCUGUCUUUAUUCCUGCCAACUAUUAUUAAAGAUCUGGGUUACAAAGCUGCAACCGCACAACUGCUUACUGUGCCCCCAUAUGCCUUUGCGUUUAGCACGACGAUUGCGGUCGCCGUGCUGUCGGAACGCUUGGGCAAGCGGGCUGUGUUCAUUGGGAGCUCGGCUGUUUUCGCCGCCAUCGGAUAUGCCAUCUUGCUCGGUAAUACUGAUCCUGUCGCUCGACCCGGCCUGAGCUACGCCGCCGUAUUCUUCGCUGCAGGUGGUAUCUAUCCCGCGACGGCGCUCGUUCUGUCGUGGCCUACCAUUAACGUAUCGGGCCAGACGAAGCGUGCGACUUCUACCGCCAUGCAGAUCAGCAUCGGCAACCUCGGCGCCGUGUUAGGGACUCAGCUGUACCGGUCUCACGACGGGCCGCGAUUCAUCGUGGGACACUCGUUCGCGCUCGGCUACCUGCUCGCAAAUACCAUCGUCGUGACAAGUCUCGCCUUGCUCUUGAAGAAGGAAAAUGAGCGACGUGCAUCGGUAGCAGAGGAGGUGAAAGAAGUCGGGGAAAUCCCGGACUGGAAGGGCGAUUCUGAUCCUAGAUGGAGAUUCGAGUACUAAUAGGGUUAAUGUCUGACCGACAUUCCCACAGUACCUCGUCUGGGACAGUUCGGGCAAUACAAAGUCUUGCGCAAGUCCCAUUUUUGGGCUAAAUAGAUGUAGAUGAUACAUAUUACUCUUCUGCAUAUCGCAGCCCUCCAUUUACAUAG